AUGAGAAUUAACUACUACCCACAAUACGCCAACGAUGCAUCUGAAUCCACUUCGUUCAUUAGCCACGGAAGCGUCGCCCGUCCCUGGUGGAUGGUGGACUUGCAGGACAUAAACCUCGUGGAUAGGGUGGAGGUCUUGCCCAGGCCAGGAACCUGGGACUAUAGGUUUCACCAAGUGGAGGUCCGCGUGGGGUCGAUACCAAGGGUGGGCGAGGACUUCUCCGUGUGGCCUUUGCUCGGCUUCUACGAAGGGCCGUACACGACCUCCGAAGGUCGUCUCACUUUCGCCAACGAAACCAAGCUCUGCGGCCGCUACGUCGCCGUCCAGCGCGUUGCCGCCCAAGUAAAUUACCUGGAGUUGGCUGACGUCAAGGUGUUCGUUCAUCUGCCCUGA